ACAUGACCGCCGUCUCUGAAAGAUGCUCUUUUUUCUUUCUUUUUUUCUUCUUCACGUUAACAUUAAGUUUUAGUCUGUGGCAAAAAGUUUAGCCACACCUAGAUCCUGUGUGUCCCAUUUACAUCCACAAAAAAAGCAAGAGACUUUUUUUUUCGUGGUGCGUUUGUUUGUGUGUCGGCGAGUCCCGGCGGUGUAACCGGAGAGGGGCCUCACACAGAGGGAAUGCAGGACUGCAAUGGAGCACAAUGCAAUACAGUGGUUGGGUGCUCCCUCCUGCCAGAGAGGCAGCUACGCCUUCUACAAGUCGGUGAGCAGCAGAGCUCAGCCCGACGGACCCGUCCAGGUCUGGAAGCUCGGCGAGUUUUACUUCAUCCGCUGCCGACCGCAGGAUCCGGUUUGCAUCGCUGAGGUGACUUUACUGUGGGAGGAGCAGACACGGCGCCACCUACUGGCCAGCGCCAGACUCUACUUCUUGCCUGAGGACACACCGAAGGGUCGGACCAGGGAGCAUGGAGAGGAUGAGGUUCUGGCCGUGUCCAGGAAGAUGGUGAUCCGGGUGGAGGAUCUGGUCCGGUGGUCAUGUUCCGAGCCGGCAGGUUGGAGCAGCAGCACGAAGCCGUCGCCGCUGUCGAUCAGUGGCUCCAACGGCCUCCACAAACCUCCACAGAACAGCGACGGCAGCAACAACACACCGGACAAGAGCAGCGAGCCGCUCAGAGACAAAACAGACAAUGGUUCGGCGGCAGAGCGUCAGGCCGUCAAGGUGCUCAGCUACCCCCAGUACUGCCGCUAUCGCUCCCUGCAGAGGCGCAUCCAGGAUGGGGCCCGGGGUCCAGGGCUGCAGGACCCCCACCUGCUGGCCCUGGGAGGCAUCAAGGUGCUGCCCAGCACCCGACUCAUGUACUGCAGGGACACCUUCAACCACCCCACGCUGGAGAGCAGCGCCGGCUUCGCCUGGCAGUUCAGAUGUCCGUCUCUCAGUCUUCGAGGACGACCUCGUAAGAGGAGAGGCCGCGACAGCAGAGACUCCCCCAACUCCAGCCAAUCAGAGUCCUGGAUCGAGAAGAUGAAGGAGAACGUGAUGGGCAGCGUGGAGGUCGGCUGUGAGGGCAGCUGGCUGCCUCACCCUGAGGAGCAGCUGUUUCUGGAUCAGCUGUACGCCUUCAUGGACCGUCAUGGUUCUCCCAUCCACAAGGUUCCCAACCUGGGCUUCAAGAAGAUUGACCUCUUCCUCAUGUACUCUGUGGUCAAACGGCUCGGAGGCUACAAGAAGGUGACAAUGGAUCGCCUCUGGAAAGUGGUUUACAACGAGCUGGGAGGAUGCCCCGGCAGCACCAGCGCCGCCACCUGCACCCGGAGACACUACGAGAGGCUGAUGCUUCCCUAUGAAGAGCACCUCAGGGCAGGAGGAGCAGAAUUCAAAGUCCCAGAAUCCCCCCUGCCGCCCAGACCCAGAGUGAUACGAGGCCGGAAACCACUUCCCAGAGGCAGGAAACCAGGACCCAAAGCCAAGGACAAGAAGAUCGUGAACCCAAACGGCUCCAUGGUGGUGAAGAGAGGUCGAGGUCGGCCGCCGGGAACCCGGAACAAGGCGACGCUGAUCGCUCAGGCCAGACUGUUGGCUCAGCAGCAGGCCAAAGUCAAAACAGAGUGUCAGCCACAGAACCCUCUGAUUCCAGGAAAAGGCAGAGGAGCACCGACGGCCAGCAGCACACACCGGCCCAUCCAGCCGGCCAUCCUGCCCGUCAACAUGCCCCUCACCCCCGACCUGUCCCCCAUGUCCACCCCCUUCCUCCCCUUCCAGCCCAAACCGAAGGACCUGAAGCCGGACCGAGGCCAGUGUGGACCUCCAGGCGUCCUCCUCUCCACGCUGCCUCGCCACUUCGUCGGAGGCUCUCUGGGCGGCUUCAGCCCCAUCAAAGGCAUUUGUCCUCUGGAUGUCUUCAGGAGCCGCAUAAGCCUCCAGCGGGGCCUGGAGAGUCCGGCGCUGACGCCUCAGGACCCGACGCAGCUCCACCCGACCAUCUUCACCCUGCAGCCCAAAGGAGGAAGCCCCGACACGCCUCACCCCAGCGGGGAGCAGCCUCAGCCCCACCAGCACCACAACCGCUGCUCCGGCUGUAACCCGGACGACGGCGGCCAGAGGGGGGGCGGUCGGGACCCCAGAAGUCGGCCGCCGCUGCCGCCUCUCCGGGUUCUGCCCCUGAACCUGGACUGCAGCGUUCAGGUGUGUCAGCUGAUGAGGACUCGUUGUCUGGACUCGUCUCAGCUGCAGAGCUUCACCCGCCGCCUGUCCGAGGCCCUGUCUCAGGACCUGAGCACCAAGCCGCCGUGCUCCCCCAUCACCCCGCCGCCCGAGCAAGCGCUGCCCCUCAACCUCAGCAAGCGCUUCGUCACCAAGAGAGCCGGCGCCGAGGGACCGGAGCCGAGCCGGUCCGCUGUCAAUGGAAACACCGAGCAGCCGUCAUCCAAGAGACCCAGAGCCGGAUUCACGGAGCGGGCCGAGGACUUCAGCCUGGGGGGGAGGUCCAGCUCCACGGACCACGGAGGACAGGAGGUGGAGGCCAAGAACCAGGAGGAACCGGCGGACCUGAGCUCCCCCAGCAGGAUCCGGGCCUUUCUGCUGGGGCUGCCCCCCUUCCAGGUGAAGCUUGAGGAGGAUCUGAACGGAAUGAGGUUCGACAAGUUCCUCCCAUCAGGAUCGGCGGCCGAGACACAGAUGGAGGGAGGCAUGAAGACGGAGGAUGAGGAAAGAAUCAAGUCUGAGCAGGAGGAGAGGGAUCCGGGUUCUGAGCUGAAGAGAGCCGGGAACACGGACACACACUGUUUUUAGCAUUAAUCUGCUCACGUUGGAUCUGAAGACCGUCGGAUCAGUCGGGGUUUGAAAAGAGGAGCAGGGAUGUUUCUUUUCUUCUUCAAGAACAUUUUAUCUUUGGUUAUUUCUUUUUGUUUUGUGUCGUUGAUUGAACUUCACAGACCACACAUGACAAUCACACACCAGUUUCUCUUCCUUUCCGUUGGUUUAAGGUAAAAAAGAUACCGAGGAGUGAGUUCACAAACACUGCCAUAACCUCCAUAACACUAUUAACUCCACUAUUCAAUGUUCAGCUGAAAUAUUGAAUAAGAUCCACGACUCAAAAUAAACAUCACAUGUAUGGGUGAUGCUAUGCAUCAAGACGUCAUUGACUAGCAUCCAGAGUGUACUGUAGUUUGGUAGUUUCAUUUUUAAAUUGUACUCUACUUCUGUAGAGAGAUAGUUAUUUUCUGAUAAAGUGUUUAGAUGUUAUCUGGAGCUCAGAGCAAGAAGCUCAGAGCUCGGUCUUCACGCUAUAGCUCGUUAAGUGAAGCGUUUCUAUAGUCCUGCUUGUUAGCUCAACUUAUAUAAACUUUUCUUACACAUACGUGCCUUAAUCGGCCUGCGAUCUGCUUCAUCGCUGGCUUCACAUACAUCCACCUAAAGAGAUACCUUGAUGUUGGACCAGUUUAGCUUCUGCUCCUUCCACCGCAGGGCUGCCUGAGACGUACAAACACGUUUUCUGACCAAACUUUUAGGUUUAAAUUGGUCUGAAGAGACUUUCGAUACCAGCUUCCAGUGUUAAGGUUCAACUCUCCUCACGUUCGCCAUCGCUGCUGCCGUUCAGGUUAGACUUCAUGACAUGUAGCCCCAACAUUCAGACUACCUCAGGUUCUUUUAGCACGUCGCUUUUCACCGGCUUUAUCUGUUUCAGGGGGUGGAGCCUCUCCCAGCAUGCACUGGGGCAGGAUGCUCGUCUGCCUGGUGUUAGAGGAAAAAGCUGGAGUUCAUUAAAAAGACCAAAACCAACGUAAGAAACCAUGUGUCUGUCUGGGACUGUUUUCAGAUUCAUCCACAUUUAUCGCUGGUUUUGGUCUUUGAAUGACAUGAAUAUCCAGGUUUCCCCUUUAAGCUGCAGUCUGUGUCUGUAUGUCGUUUUGCUUGGUGUUGAUGAGCGCCUUUCAGUCUCCACACUGACCUAUCAGGUAGUCAGGCAGAGUAAAUGUUAGCCUCAUGCUGCUGGUUUUUCCUAAGGAGAUGAACAAAUCAUCUGCCUGGAAAAGGGUGGAAAUUCUGUCAGUUAGAGGAGAACAUACAUGCCACGCUCACAUCUGAACACAAACUGUCUCAAACCACUGUUUGUAGUUUCAUGAGACACUUAAACUCCUUCAAAACCAUAAGCUUUUGGUAUUUUUUGCACAAAUUGAGCAGAGUGAAGCCAGCUUGUUUCCUCUCUUUUAUCUGUACCUAUAAAGCUACAACCAGGAAGCAGCUCAGCUUAGCAUGAAGACGGUAAACCUGUGGAAACAGUUAGCAUGGCUCUGUUGAAUCUAAACGGUUAAGUGUUUAAGGUUUUGAAGAGGUUUGUGUUUUUUAAAUUGGUCACAGUUAAGUCCUUUAUGAUUUCUUAGUUGUAUCAAGGAAUACAAUCUUACUUUUGGCAAAUUUUGAAACUGAGAAACGUAGAAUAAACUCAUGAAAUAUCUCAGCUUUAACAUGAAAUUUGGUCAAGUUUUCAGAAAUCAAAGUUGAGUUGUUCAAAAAGUAGUUUCUCUUUUCAAAUCAAAAUAUAAACUUGAUGGUUUCGGGCUGAAGAAUGGUGUAAUUUCGGUGGUUUUGUUUCAAGAUUUGCAAAGUUUACACUUGACUUUUUGGCAAUCCAGCAGAGUGAAUGUCACAUAAAUGUUGAACAAGUCAGAAUUUUCUAUCAUGGUUAAGAUUCAAUGCGAUAAAGGUUCAAACAGUGGUUUAAUCCUUCAAUGUAGGGCUUUUCUCGUCAAAGUAAAACCCCGUAGAUGCCCCAAAUUGAUUUUGUCUUAAUAAAGUGAAUCAAUCAACCAGUGGAAACCUCAACAAAAAAUCAUGAUGCUAAGCUAAGCUAACCACCUUCAGACAUCAUUUGUUCCCAGGACUUGCACAAAUAUUAGUGACAUAUUUUUCUACAUUUUUAAUUUGUGUACACACUGCCUGCAGUUCAGCUGAAAAAUAUAAAACUGUAUCGUCCCCGUUGGUCACAGUUGAUUCGUUCACGGAUUCUUAGUUGCAUCAAGGAAUACAAGCUUUUUUCUUUUUUUUCUUUAACAGAAUCAGGUUCAUUUUUGGAAAAUUUCUCAAUAAGGCAUGUCAAAUAAAUCAACAAAAUAUCUCAAUUUCUAGCUGAAUUUUGGUCAAGUUUUCCAAAAUCAUGUCAAAGAAGAAUUGUUCAAGAAGUAGUUUCUCUUUGAAAUCAAAAUCUGACCACAUGCCUUUAUCGUCACAUGAGAGAUUUUGCUGCCGCAUUUAGGGUAGAUUAAUAUAAAAGUUAAAUACUGUAAACUAAUGUUUUAAUUCUUUAAUGUAAUUUUUUUCUUCUGGAAGUAAAACCCUGUGGAUGCCUGACUUGUGAGAAUUUUGUCUCAAAGUGAAUCGACAAACCAGUCGACACCACAACAAAUAAUCAUUAUGCUAAGCUAACCGCCUCCAGACAUGAACUGUUACAAAGCCUGGCAGAAAUAGUAGUCACUCCUAUAAAUAUUUUACUAUAUUUUUACUUUGUGUAAACACUGUAGUUCAGCGGAAAAAUCUCUGAAUUUUUGUCUCGUCCCUGUUGGUCACAGUUGAUUUGAUCACGGCUUCCAAGCUGCAUCAAGGAACGCUUUUUUGUUUAUUUUUAUAGAGUCUGGUUUAUUUUGGGUACAUUUUUAAACAAGACAUGUCGAUUUAAUUAAUAUAAUGUUUCAAUUUUUGUGUUGUAAUUUGAAUAAAUUUGCCCAAAUCAAAGACAAGUUGUUCACAGAGUAGUUUCUCUUUCAGAUCAUAAUUAAACUAAAUCGCUGCAGAGGAAAGAUUCUACGGUCUCUAAAAGGAUGAAUACUGCAAACUAGUGGUUUAAUUCUUUUAAGUUCCUCAUGAAAGUAAAACCUCGUAGAUGCCCGACUUGUGAGAAUUUUGUCUUAAUAAAGUGAGUCGACAAACCAAUCGAAGAAACAACAAAUAAUCAUGAUGCUAAGCUAAGUCUCCGGACAUGAAUUGAUUCCAUGCCUGGCAGAAAUAAUAGUGACUCCUAUAAAUAUUUUACUGUAUUUUUACUUUGUGUAAACACUGCCAGCAGUUCAGCUGAAAUGUUUCAGAAUACUUGUCUCAUCCUUGUUGGUCACAAUUGAAUCAACCAUGGCUUUCAACACCACAACAGACAUUAUGCUAAGCUAAGCUAAGCUAAGCUAACCGCCUCCGGAUGUGAGCGUGACCUCAGAUCUUCUCCUCUGAUUCUGACUUGUAACCUGUGUAUCUGAUUGUGAAAUGACUGGGUUUGUUUGGUUUUUUUUUUAAAACCUGCAGCAUUUUUUUUUUGCUUCACUUCACCAAAGAACGUUUAAGCCGCUCGCCUGCUUCCUGCUCGUCUAAAGUGCCAAUGCAGCGACUCCUUAUUGUGUAGCUGAAAUAAAAAACACCACAAAAACAUCAAGGUAUCCCUUUAGAAUCGCAGCCUUCUGUUUGUUUCUCCACACGUUGGUUCAGAUUUGCACACCUACUGUACUCAUUUGCUCUCCCGUGUUAUAUUUUUAAAAAUAUUUUCUCCUUUCUUCUGCCAGCAUUUUAUUUUAGAAACACCGACGUUAACUGGUGCUGUUUAUUCUUAGUUAUCGCCAUAUUGUUGUUGUUGUUUUUUUUAUUUUGAUAAAACUGCAAUUUUCUUAUCGUGCCGCAAGUCAGUAAAAGAGAGUUUUAAGAAAAUAUUUUAAAAAGAAUUAAAAGAAACGGUGACUUGUUUGUGGACACACUUGCAGUUUUUUUUGUUUUUUUCUCUCUUUAUUUUUCUGUUUUUCUUUGUGAAUGAAUGCAUGAGUAGAGAAACGGUAGCCGAGCAGAUGCACCAAAGUCCUCCACAAAUACAGCCAGUCGGUGUUUCAGGAUCAGCUUUAAAUGUCUGUUUUCUCAGCAGUAACGAGGAGAAUUCGUCGAUGCAGUAUCUGACAACAGGGUAACUACUGUGAGCGUCUCUCCGCUUCAUCGUGUCAGUAAACAAUUAUUUAUUGUCGAGUGUUUCCGAGCAGCAGCGGGGCCUCGAUGUGCUUCAGAGAAACCAGUUUGUGCGACUGAAGUGUGAACGCUCGACUUCUUAAACUUUUGCAGUUUUAGUCCUUUUAUUUGCUUAAGAAAGAACCUAAGUCUGUAAAAACACUUCGAACAUUUCAGAUGUUUGAGAAUUUGUUGGUUUAUUGAGAUUAGAGCUGCAGUUAACUGUUAUUUUUAUCCAUAAAUCAAUCAAUUGAUAAAGAAAUCUAAACGAUUUACACACUUGAGAAGCUGGAAUGACUGAAUUUAUCCCAAAAGGUUUGUGUGAAAUUGAUUGAGGCUUGAAAAUUCAAAUCCAUCUGACGUUGGUGACUUUAUUAAGGAUUAGUAACAUGAAAACGACUUUCUUGAUUUGUUUAGUCUCAUUAAAAUUAAACAUUUCUGACUAAUGAACCAAAUAUUAAUUUAAAUACAAAUAACAAAUUUGUUGUUUUUCACAUGUGAAUGACUUAAAGUUCAAAUUAUUGCUGAUUAAUUUCUUACCUAUCAGAUAUUUUUAGUGUUGUAGUAACAAAAACCUUCAUUAUCAUUAAAUCUGCAGCUUAUUUUCUUGGUUAAACGAUGUCUUUAGUCUGUAAUAAUGUCCAAAAUGUGAGGUCUUUUUAUUAAUAUUAACAAAAACUGCAUGAAAUUCGUGGUUUUUGUUCAUUCUGAUGUUACAAUAACUCAGACAGGUCAAUGGUGAUGCAGACGUUCAGGCGUUUUACUCGAUUUUAUGUACGAAAAAGUGACAGAAGUAGUCAUGUGAAACAAAGACAAGUUUUUAAAUGUUCGUGAACCUACGUUAUGCUUUUCGACAGAGCUGAAACCUGCUGCUACCUUUAAGGCAUCAAGGGCCUUUCUAAAAACUGAUCAGUUUAAUUCUAAACUGAGAUUUACAUUUAAAAUCUAUAAAAAUUGAGCCCAGUGGAACAUUUCUGCUCCCGUCACAUUAUUUUUCAUCACUGUGGGGUCAUUUUUCACGGCAACAUAAAGUUCUGAACAAUUCGUGUGCAGUUGUCAUAAAUCCUCAACAAAACAAAGCAGAAACAAACAUUUUUUUGAGUAUUGAGUUUACUUAAAAAAAAGAACUCGAAUUAACAUGUCAUGUUUUUCCAAGUGACCACAGCUGCUACCAGGACAGGGAAAAAUAAUAGCGACCCUCCAUAAUAUAGAUAUUUUUACCAAAUUUUUACAAACACCGCCUGCAGUUCAGCCGAAAAAUCUUGUCCCUGUUGGUCUCAAUUGAGUCUUUUUUUUGCAUCAAGGAACACAAAUUUCUAUAGAAUCUGGUUUACUUUUGGCAAAUUUUGAAACGAGGAAUAUAGAAUAAUUCUAUAAAAUAUCUGUCUGAAAACUUUUUUAGUGCACAAAGUAAUUUCUCUUUGAGGUUAAAGUCACAUCAAACGCCUUUAUUGUUGUUACAGAUGGAAGAUUUUGCUGCCUCAAAUGUAAAUGCUAUAGAAUAUAGUUAAAAUAGUGGUUUUAUCCUUUAAUGUAAAGAUUUUCUCUAUGAAAGUAAAACCCCGUAGAUUCCCGUAGACUGAAUCGUCCAACCAGUCGACACCACAACAAAUGAUCAUUAUGCUAAGAUAAGCUACGCGCCUCCAGAUGUGAGUCAUUACUAGGACUGGACAAAAUAAUAGUGACUCAACAUGCUACAUCAACAUCCUUGUGUAAACACUGCCUGCAGUUCAGCCGAAAAAUAUAAAACUUUUUCUAUCAUCCCCGUUGGUCACAGUUGAGUCGAUCAUGGCUUCUACGUUGCAUCCAGGAACAAACUUUAUUUUUUACCUAAUCUGACUUAUUUUGGACAAUUUUUUUAUGUGAGAAAUGCAGAAUAAUUUGAUGAACUACAUCCCCUGUCAAAAGUUUUGAGACGGGUUCUAAUUUAUUUCAAUAAGAAAGUGUCUCUAAACGUUUGACAGGGGGUGUAUCUAAAAUUUUUAGAUAAUUCUAAAAUUGGUCAACUUUUCCCAAAUCACGUCAAGGAUGAGUCGUACACAAAGUAGUUUCUUUUUAAGGAAAAUAAAAAUCACAUGAACUGUCUUAAUUUUUGUUGCAGAUUAAAGAUUUUGCCACCUCCAGGGUUAAAUUCACAAUGUCUGUGUUGUUUCUAACUUCAUUUUUGUUUUGUUUUUUGGGUAAUUUGAUACCAAAUUUUCAACAUUUUUUGAUCGAGUUAAACCAGUCGACUUGAACUGAAACGUUCACGAAGUUGCUUCAGCGGCACAAACUGGUUUCCUCCCAGUCAAACCGGUUUCCUCUGUAACAGGACUUUAUUUUUCCUGCGUGUACCGACGAGGAGAGGGGAGCUCUGGUAGUUUAGCAGCGUGUUCAACACAGCUGAGUAGUUUUUCUUUGGUUAUUUAAGUUUGUUCAGGUUCCUGUAGUUAUUAUCUCCUUGUUCUUCUCCUUUGAUAUGUUUUUAAAUGUUUACAUUUUGUUAUGCAUGUUCUCAGAUCUCUCAUAUCCAGUGUUUUGCACACUUCUCCAGCAUCUCCAUCGGCACCGCUCGCUCAUGUAGUUCUUCAAGCUAAGUGCCUGCGGUUGGAGUUUGUUGGCGAGCAGCGACUGUUGUUGGAGGUUUUGUUGUCGACCUGCAGAGACUCUGGUGACGUUCACCGAGAUGAGCGAUCAAAUUAAAGGUGCCGCAUGACGCAUUUUAACAGCGUCGCAUUUGUUUGACUCCCAAAACGACCGACCAAGUCUGUGGUUUUCACAUCUCGAGAAAUCGGAGAGCUUCGAUUCGUUGUUUAUCUAUGAGAAACGAUUAUUGAAAAAUGUGCAGAAUAGUUUCUUAAUUCGACCAUUUUGUGUAUAAAAUGUUGGAAUACGGUGAUAAAAGUCCACCAGCAGAUUGUCUUUAGGAGCUAAACUGAAGGACAAAACUGCAGAUUUACAAACUGGAACCAGUGAAUUUGUCAUGUUCUUGGGUUAAAAAGUCAAAGUAAUGAGAAUAGAAUGACCACCAGCAGUCCAAAGAUUGUGUUAAGGAACUGAAAUGAAUGAGAAAUUCUGUAGAUUUAAUCUUGUAGGUUUGAUUUACACAUUAGAAACCCAAUUUAUUUACAAUUGACAGACCCAACGAAACUUGUCGGGUUUGUAAAUAUCCAAAGUCAAAGUAAUGAAAAAAAAUGUUCACACCAGUAAAACUAUUGUCUUUUUCAGCUAAAAUGAGCAACAAAUGCUGCAGAUUUUAAUCUCAUCAGAUCGAUAUAUGCGUGUCAAAGCCAACAAAAUAUAUCAGAUUUGUACAGCUGUGGAACUUAAAACCCAACAAAGUGGAACCAGGCAAUUUGUCACAUUUUGUAUUAAAAAAAAAUUAAAAUCCAAUUAUGCAAGUUUGUGUGCCGGCUUCAGCUUCAUUUUAUUAAAUGAUCUCUAAAUCCGCUUUUUAACGAAACCAGUAAUCCAAAUAUAGUAAUAAAACCUAAGAAAUGUGUUGCAGAAAAUACCUGAAAUCUGAAUUUGUCUGAUUUUCUGGAGUUCCUUGAAAAUUCUCAGAUUUUUGUGGCCUUAAUCUCACCUGUGCAGCACACAAUAAUGGUAAUAUUUUCACUUUCAGUGUAAAAAAAAAAUCUGAAAAAGUUUGUGAAACAUGAGUUGGAGCUCUCAAGAUCUUAAAUAAAAAUCCGUAAAAAAGUUUGUAAAAUUUGGGUGCAGCUCUCGAGAGACCUUGAAUAAAAAUCUGUGAAAAAGUUCAGAUUUUUUUACCAAAGAGAAAUCCAGCAGAUUUCCUCACCAGCACGCUGAAGAUUUGACUUUGAAUAUGAAUUAUUGCUGGAUAUUCGAAUGUUUUCACUCAAAAAGACGACAGAACGACUGAAUGUUUCAUCGAUGAGAAGCUUCUCGUUUUCCGGAUGUUAACUCGCCUCAUGUGGCACCUUUUACAAACUCUUGGAUGUUACCAACUUAUGAAUGUUUUUGUCAAAUCUUUGUUUUUAGUUUCACGUUUUUGUCUUUUUAUUUUUUAAACGAUCUCGGAUCAACGCAGCGUCUUCGGCUUCUUUUCUCCACAAACUUUGCUGAAUUUUCGGACGCUUCAAGGAGUUUUGAUUCUCGUGUUCGAACGAUUUGAAACGGAACUCCACUUUUAGUUUUUUGUUUUGUUUCUGUAAACGGUAAACGGCUGGCAGUGUCAGGUACCAUUCCAUUUUAACACUGUAUAUUUAUAAUAAAAGUAAUCUGUUAAUAA